AUGGAGCCCAAGUCUCAGUCGCAUCUGUCCGACGAGCGCCUAGGCGAAUUGGGAUAUGCUCAGGCACUUCAGAAGGACUCGUCUGGAAUCAGUAUCAUCAUUGUUGGCUGUGGCUUUGCUGGUUUGGCCUGCGCCAUCGAGUCCGUCCGGAAAGGACAUUCGGUCAUCGUACUCGAAAAGUACGAAGAACACAGGCAGCUCGGUGGGCACUUACAUCCCGACUUUGCUUCAAUCACGUCUGAAGAACAUACUUUCUGCUGUAGGCGACGUACGUCAUCCCACUUUCAUAUACACAACUACCAAGGCGAGCUGAUCCAAAAGCAGCCCUUCCCGCAAAGCCUCUACGGCUCGCACGCGUACAAUGGUCACCGCGCAGAACUGCACGGCAUCCUCGUCCAGCAUGCCCUCGCGCUGGGGGUGGAGAUCCGCAUGGGGCAGCGGGUGACGGAGUUCUUCGAGGACGCGGAGAGGAAGAAGGCGGGCGUGGUGAGCAAUGGGGUGCGCAUGGAGGCCGACCUCGUCGUUGGGGCGGAUGGGGUCCGGAGCGUGGCGAGGAAGCUCGUCUUGGGCUACGACGACAAGCCAAAAUCGUCGGGUUAUGCCAUUUAUCGUGCCUGGUUCGACGCAAAGGCGGCCGGCAUUGAUCAAGAUCCCUUGACUGCGUUUCUAGCACAAGGCGAGGACGUUCUAUAUGGCUGGAUCGGCCAAGACGUUCACUUCCUCACAUCGAACUGCAAGAACGGGACGGACGACGCAGACAUAAGCGAAUCCUGGUCCUUCCCAGGCGAGAAAUCAGCCGUGCUCGACAUCGUCAAAGACUGGGACCCGCGGUGCGCGGCCAUCCUGUCCAAGGCGCCCGCGUUCGUGGACUGGAAACUGGUGUAUCGCGAACCGCUGCCGACGUGGAUUAGCCCGGGCGCGAGGCUGGCGCUGAUCGGCGAUGCGGCGCACCCGUUCUUACCGACGAGUAUACAGGGCGCGUCACAGGCGGUGGAAGAUGGCGUGUCGCUCGCGGCCUUGCUGCAGCUCGCCGGUCGGGAGGAUGUUCCCCUCGCUGUACAGUCCUGGGAGCAUAUCCGCUAUCAACGCGUGCGCUUCGCACAGCUCCUGGGCGAGUCGACGCGGAACAAGUGGCACCGAUCGACCCUGGAAGACCGCGGCUCGUCGAUGGACCUGCCGCGCCCCGAGUGGCUGCUCGACUUUGAUGCGGAGCGGGAGGCGUACGACCUCUGGGGCGCGGUGAGCGAGAAAAUCAGGCAGGAGGGGUACAAGCUCCCUGAGCUGCCGUGA